AUGACCUCCCGCAUCGAAAAGGUCAUCGCUCGCCAGCGAGAAAAGAUCGCGGAUGGCGCCUACUACGAAGCUCACCAACAGCUGCGAACUAUCGCUGUGCGCUAUAUCAAACAGUCGAACUACGAUGCCGCCGCCGAUCUCCUGGCUGGUGGUGCGACUGCUCUGUUGAGAGCUGGUGCCCAGCAGGGUGCCUCGGCAAGUGGUGGAGAUCUGGCAAUUAUGCUUGUGGUGGAGGUUUACAACAAGGCUGAGUGGGAGAUUUCAGGAGAAGAUGACGAUAUGGAGGGUCGUGCUAGAAAGAAGCGCUUGGUCGAGCUUUUGCGCGAAUUUCCCUCGGACGAACCUACGAGAAAGCGAUAUAUUCAGGAAAUGAUUGGGUGGAGUGGACGAUACGGACCGCUGGAGCGAGGAGAUCCGGAGCUGCACCAUGCUGCUGGCUCUGUCUACGCAGAAGACAACGAGCCGUAUGAUGCCGAGAAGCACUUGGUCUUGGGAACAUCGGAAUCAGCGGAGACACUGGCGAAGCUGGAGUACGAGUGGUACACCCAUGAUGAGCCGCACACGGCAGCUAUUUAUGCAUCGCGCGCCGUCUUCCCCUAUCUCUUGACAGGAAAUUUGCGCAGCGCCAAUAAGGCUCUGCUCAUCUUCACUACCCGACUCUCGACAUCGAGCCCUUCGCUUGGCGUGCAAGACGUGAGCAGUUCGAGCUCCGACGUCCGCGUGUACCCCGCACUUCCACUGCUGAACUUCCUCAAUUUACUGCUUCUGACAGUCCAGAGAGGCAGUGCAGAUCUUUUCCAACAGCUCACUGCACACUAUGCGACACAAAUUCGGGAUGUGGGUAUUUGGGAUGACUUCCUGGCUCAGAUUGGCGAGCAGUACUUCGCCAUCAAGGUUCCGCGACAGGGUAACCCGCUCAUGGAUAUGAUGAGCAACAUGCUUUUCGGUGGACAAGGCGGACAGGAUAAUACUGGUGGUAGACGGACUGCUCAGAGACCUGCAAAGAAGGUUGAGGCUCCUCCUUCGAGUAUGGAGCUGGAUUAA